GGCGGUGCCGUUGAGGCGCCGGUUGGGCGGUGCUCACUGAGGGACGGGCGGGUCCCUGACGGAGGGAGCGGGGCCUUAGAGCCUCCUGAGGGUUUUAUCUGCGCAGGGAAAGGCUCCAGGGUUGGAGCUGACUCCUGCUGAUUCCUCCUCUGGAAGGGCCGAGCAAAGGCCAGCAGCAGCAGAUGAGCCUGUAGAGCUGGAAGCAGAGCUGCAGGGAGCCAUGGCAAACAGCUGCCCUCCUUCCCCUGGGCUGGCUCAGGGCUUCAGGCAGGAGCCAGCCCCCAGGGCCAAGAGGCUCUCGGAUUCCACGGCGCAGGUGCAGGCCCUGCAGUCAGCCAAGAAAGCCUGUGUGCUGAGCCACGACUGCAGCACUCCAAAUCCAGCAGGGAAUGCUCUCUUCCCUUCCCCAGGCUCUGGCUGCUCCCUUUUCCUGGAUGAGAGUGGGCAGGAUGAGCUCGGGGCCAGUUUUUCCCUCUCCAAAUACGACGACGUGGCCAUUUCCCUGGACAUCAGCCACUGCUUCGACGACAGCGAGCUGGACGACUCCCUGCUGGAGCUGUCAGGCAGCGAGAAAGGGAAUUCUCCCUUCGAUUACACCGAGGAAGAGAUCCAGGAGAUCUUGGCAGAUGAUUCCCUGGAAGCUGAGCAGCAGCACCUCUCUGGUGAGAGCCACCUGAGCCAAAGUGAGAGUGGAAAGAGCGAGCUGGCCGACAGCAGCGGCUGCGCCGCGGGGACGUCGCUCAGCGAGGCGGCCUCAGGGCUCACAGAGGAGGCAAAGGAGCCCCAGGAGCAUCCCUCAGGCAGCUCUGGGGGUGGUGGUGGCUUUUUGGGUGGCAGUGCUGCUCUGGAUGGGACCCAGAAGCUGCAGCAGGAGCUGGACCUCGACCUGCAGGAGCUGCUGAGCCUGAGCCUGUUCGCCGCCGCCUGCGCCGAUGAAGCUCUGGAGGAAAGCAACCUGGAAAGAGAAACUUUGGAUGCCAUGAUAGAUGAUUGCUUGGGAUAUUCCACAGCUGCUGGGAGCUGCAUUCCUGAAAAGCCCUCAGAAAGGGUGAUGCCUAAAAGCCAGGAAAGCCUGGCUCAGGAUGGCCUGGGAAAAUCCGUGCCCUCAUCCGAGUGUGGCACAGCAGAUGAGAGUCCAGCAUCUGUGUUGCCACCCAAGAAAGAAUUUUCCAAAGCAACAACGAGCUGUUUGUCAAAGAAAUCAGGCUCUCCAGAGGAUGCUGAAGGGGAAUCCACAGGAGCUGAGCAGCCACCAGGCAGCACUGAAUUAAGGGACACAGCUGUAGGCCAGAGUGGGCAGGAAGAGCCACCCGGCAGGAAGAAAAGAGCCAAAGUAAUUCCUGUCCCACGGGAAGAGGAAGAAAGGCCAAAACAACGGAGCUGCAUUUCAGAAGCACAGCCUGAACGAAAGAGACGUCUCUGUCCAGGCUGUGCCAGUCCAAGUGAGGAAAGGUGUGGCUACUACCUCAGACAAUGGGAACUGCUGUGUACAGUGAGAGUUUGCCUUGGAGAACCUCCCUUCCUCCCAAACAACCCAUGGAUUUCUCGAGAAAAACUUGUAAAAAUCCCUUCUAGAAGUAUCAGUUUUUGGCAAGAAAUUGUUCCUUUGGGUAAGCAGGAGCUGAUCCUGCAGUUCAUGAAGGAGGCUGGGAUUGCUGGGGAGAGGAGCUGUGAUUCACAUCCACCCCAUGGCUGCAGGAUGGAAAAUCCUUGGAGUUUGGACUUGGCAAGGACACGCUCUGUGCUGUGCUGGGAGCCCCUGGGAAGGGCAGAAUUCCGGGGAAUUGGCCUUUCCCUGAGCUCUGAGUGGAAUCCAGAGCAAGCUGCUUUGAUUGGAGCCCUUCUGCUCACUGCCUGUUCUUGCUGAGCAGUGAAAAUAAAACUGUGCUGUGACAGAGGUGACAACCCCGUGCCAGGCAGAUGGUCCUGCUCCAAACCAGAUGUUUGGACAGUAGUUUUGCAGGAGUGACCCCCAUGGUUGAUUUUGCUUUAAAAAACAGAUGGUUUUGCAGUUCAAAAAUGUGAUUUCCUGAGUUAGGCUCAUCCCUGUGCAUAAAGAAGAUCAAAAUAAGGCAGAAAAAUUGUGUUUUGUUUUUUUUUUUCAAAACACAGAUGGGGCAAAGCUUUGUAGCACUCUGAGGCAUGCAGAUAACCAAGUCCCUUGAAGUAGUUUGGGUUUUAAUCUUGCUUUUCUUUGCCUAAAGUUGGUGGGGUUUUGUCUUGCUAUUUCAGAACGGGCAAAUGAGAGGAUUUAAGGUGGGUGCAGAAUUUCAGGAGGACAAUUUCCUUUUUGUUUGAAGUUGAACCUUCAGCCUUUGUGGUGGGCCAGGGAGAAGGAGCUUUGCAAAGAAGAGGAUGAAGCACCAGGCAGAAUUCCUGAAAGGAGCUUUGAUGUUCUCACUUCUCAAGGUGCCUUCAUAGGAUAUAGUUUCACUUUGAAAAGCUCCUACCAAGAAAAUCAGGUAUCAGCUGCAAGCACCAAGGAAAUGAUUUAUUU